AUGACAUCAUGGAGGAUGCACGGUGUGAUUCCUUGGGUGGGCAGAGGAUGUCCUUGUGCGCCCGCGGAGUGCCCAGGGCACCUGACCUCGACCAGCACGGCGCUGUAUUUUUAUGUGGGGCAGGCGAGGGAAGUCUCGUGUGGCCGCGGAGCACCCAGACAAGUGCGCAUAGGAUGUCUUUGUGCGCCCGCGGAGUGCCCAGGGCACCUGACCUCGACCAGCACGGCGCUAUACUUUUAUGUGGGGCAGGCGAGGGAGGUCUCGCGUGGCCGCGGAGUGUUCAGGGCAUCUCACCUCGACCUGCACUGCGCUAUACUUUUAGUCCUCGUCAGAAGCAGGUCCAUAGCGACAUCGUCGAUCGUCCACUCAAGCACGGGCACGACGGCAGAUACAAACUGA